UAUAUGUAUAUGCGUAUGCGUAUAGUUAUAUAAGUUUUUUUUAUCUUGUCCAAAAGACUAGUGUAUAUAAUGUUGGAAUGUGUUGACUCGGGCAAAAUGAGUGUGAGAACACUUAGAUUCCCACGAUGGUCUACGUGACCAAAAAGGGCUAGAUCAGCACAUCCUAAGAGCCUCGGAGAGACCGUGACGACGGGCCCUGUUGGUGGUCAGUAGUCGAGUCUGGUCUAGAGUGUGAGCAACAGCCGUGUUGUUCAGCAAAGCAUCUUUUUAAUAGUCUUAGCAGAACCUCUUAUAGUUUUUAAUCAGUGCCUCUCAGAAUAUCUUAUAAUUAUUAGUGUGCAAAUAUACAAUUAAUUAGUGUUAAAUUCAAUAAAACAGUAAUAUUAUAAAUCACGCAAUUCUCGUGUUCUUUAUUGAUACCAAUAACAAACGUUUGAACGUCUUACGUCGGUGUACUACACUUCAAUAUAGAGCUGUAUUUGUAAAAUACGUACAAUAUUUUUUACAUCUAUCAUACUUGUUGCGAUAAAAUUUUGCUAAAGUACCUAUAUAACGUCAAAAUAAUAAACCAAAAUUACAACAAAAAUGGAUGCCUGGAAUAUGAUUUGUCGUACCAUGCUACUAUUGCUGCUGACCAAUCAUAUUAUUUCCAGUGAAAAUCGAGAUGCUGCAUUUUAUAACCUCACUCUUACCACCAAUAGUCCAGGAUUACAGUACGAGAUAAUAGGAGAAGGUAAAUUAUGUAAAAGUAGUUGGACCAUCAAUACAUUUAUAGAUUUAAAAUAUCUAAUCAAUAGCCUUAUCGAUGUAAAUACCAUGUUAAAAUCAAUCAACUCAUUUGCAAUUAAUAACACAUACCAAAUAACUCUAAAUCAGUUGGAGAAGCGUGUAAAAAAAAUUAAUACAGAUACACAGACUAUUAGACAAAUGGCUAGGCAUAGUAAAAAGGUUAAGCGAUCAUUUGAAUCUGGGGGUUCGGCAUUACAGUGGAUGUUCGGCAUUGCCGACGCUGAUGAUGUAAGAAGGUAUGAUAGUUCGAUUAACAAAUUAGAGAAUGAUCAAAAAGAUAUGAUACACAUAGUUGAAGACCAAGUUUCUAUUUUAAGGAGCACAAUAACAAAUUUUAAUGAAACCAUAACAACAUUUAAUGACAAUAAAAUAUUAUUUGAUUAAAAUAUGAAAAAAAUUGAAAACACUAUUAACACCAUGAGUAUUGAAUUAACAGACGAAAAUAAACAAAUUAUUAUUCUAAGAUUAAUAUCCCUGAUUGAAAAUAAUAUUAGUGAAUUAGAUAUAUUUGUAACGAGGUUACAAAGAAUAAUUUCAAACGUUCAAACGAAUAAAUUGGAUGUUUUUAUAAUUACACCAGAUCAGUUUUUGUCGGAAAUAAAACGAAUGGAAAAUAUCCUGCCGGAAAAUUUACAAUUCCCUAUAAAAUUUAAUGAAGAUAAUAUACAAGAAAUAUACAAAAUAUUACACAUAGACCUUCACCCAAUGAACGAUAGACUAAUAUUUUCAAUAAAAAUUCCAUUAUGUAUCAUCGACAUUUUCAAAUUAUAUUAUAUUCUACCGAUAUAUGUUCCAAUCAAUGAAUUAGGACAAUUUAUACAUAUGACUGAAAAUCCAAUGUACUUAAUAACAGACGAUUUGGUGACAAAUUAUUUUAUUUGGUCUAAUAUCAAUAACUGUGUAAAAGUUGCUAACACUUUUGUUUGUGGUUUUAAUGAAAUCAUACACAAUAGUGUUACUGAUCCCAUUUGUGUAACAGAAAUAUUAAAAAAUUCUAUAGCCAAACCUACCCAAUGUGAUACUUAUAUCACUGAAUUUAAAAAAGAGUUAUGGUACCCAUCAUAUUUCAAAAAUAAUUGGUACUUUGUAUGUGUAAAGCCUACUAUAAUCACGAUAAUUUGUAAUAAACGAUCUUUUAUUCAUAGGCUAACAUUAAAAAGUUCUGGUAAAUUAUUCCUGAAAGCUGGUUGUCUUGCUCAAACGACUCAGGGCGUUAUAAUAACAGAACAAAUAUUAGAAUCGUCAUUUGUAACACAACCUUUAGAGUUAAGCCUUUUAAAUGAUUCGUGCUGUAAUAUUGCAGUUAAUCGACUAUAUCCGAAACCCAUUCAUUUAGAUGAAAUUAAAAAUUAAAAAUUUGAUAAAGAGUCUUUCGAUAAAAUAAACGCAAAAUUAGAUCAACAAGAAAAAUUA